UUCCCUGGCAGCAGUAGCCGAUCAGGAAAUAGUUCAAGGCAUGCUGCGUGCCGCCUUCACGGAUCCAUUUCUGGAGAAAGCCUGCGACGGAACGCGUCAGGCGGCCUGUACCGGAUGUGACUCGAUAAAAAUCUGUACAACUUCGGACCCCGCCUUGGAAGAUACGAACCCAAGAGCGGAAUGUCCGGCAGCUACCCCGCACUGCAGCAUGUCAACGAGUGUGGCCGGAGCCGUUUGCCAGAAAACUCCGGAUGCUUCUAUUGCGGAAUGUGCCGCUGGUAACGCCAACUUCAAGUGCACUGGAGUCGGAUUCUAUCCAAAUCCGUACUCCUGCCAGAUAUAUCACUACUGCAGUGGGCCAGGUGCCGUACCGGAGAACUACGAUUGUCCCACCGGGUAUCGAUUCAGCAGCAAGGCUGGAGCUUGUGCGUUGUCGAACAUACCAUGUCCGACGUUCAGCUGCAAAGCGGACAACGUGGAUACUCUGUACCAGACGUUACCGGCUGAUUCUCAGUACUACGUGUACUGUGCGUACGACAAAACCGUUACUCCGGCCAAGCUGACGGAUACCUUUGUCUUCUCGUGUGGACAGGGAGCUACGUUCAAUCCGACCGCUGGAAAAUGUGUGUUCACCUGUCCUAAAGAUGGGUUGUUCGUGAACUCUGCCUACCCAACACAGUACUACCAGUGUUACCUAAUGAACUACAGAUAUGUUUACAAAGAUUUGGUUUGUGCUGUUGAUCAAAAGUUUGAUGAGGCUCAAAGAAGAUGCAUUCAAGUUCCGCCAGUAUAAAUGUAUAUUGGUCAUGACAAAUAAAGUUAUCUUUUCGGCAA